GCAAAAGGUAAGAAAUGGCGUCGGGGGAGGCGGUGUCGUUCUGGCGGUGGGGAUAGGCGGGCGGUUUGAGCGCUGGUUGCUGUGCCGUCGGCCGCUGGGAUUGUGCCUGCCUGAGGGUCGGCCCGGGUGCUAGACCUGCCCUCGGUGCUUCUCAGAGUCCCGUUGCAGCUGCAGGAGGAAGAGGAAGGUCCCCUGAGGAAGAGCUCUGGCUGCUGGGACGGAGCCUGGCCAGGGAGGGCUGACAUCUGCCUUCUUGCUCGCAGGAGAGCGGCGAGGAAAGAUGGAGGAAGGGAAAAGGAAUUCAGCAGAAGGGGUGUUUGCUCACCUGGAAAGGCUGGAGGCACAAGCUCGUGAGGUAGCUGUGAAGCAAGAGAAAAUGAAGCAGGAAGAAGAGAAGCGGGCCAGGCUGAAAGCGAGAGUGCGGGAGCUGAGACUCCAGAGGGAUAAGCUGCUGGCUAAAGUGCGCCUGCAGAAAAAGCAACUUAGGGAAAAAAGAGCCAUGUCGGAUCCAGCAAAGUCUGGUGCUCGGGCUGUUUUGGAGUGGAAGAUAAAAAACAUUAAGGCCAUGCUGCAGGUCUCUUACCUCACAGGGAUCAAUGGGAAGCGGACCAAGCAGGGAGUGUGUUUCUGCAUCAGCACGGCUUAUGAGAGCACCUACUUGGAUUCCUACUACGUGCACCUUCUCGUCAAGCCAGAAGUGCAGAUUCACCAGCACUCUGUCCCCACCUUCAUCCCCCUGGAGCAGAUAGCCAAGCAGUACUUGCAGACGGACAUUGGGCGCUUCUUGUCUGUCCUGUCAGACCACCUCAAUGCUUAUGCUGGGAGGAAGUACCAAGCAGACCAGUUACAGGAACACUUUUCAGACCAGAUAGAAGGAACCUUGCAGAGGAACUCCUUGUGUAACUUGCUGGUCUUUAAUUACAAGGUGUCAAGUAAAAGCAAGACCUUUCCGUUCAACGCGAGGCUGCUUUAUGGAGAUCUCUGUUGCAGCCUCCCCACUGAAGUCAAUGUCUCCUGCACACCGGAUGCACCUGCAUCUCUAGCGGAGAUGGCAGCAGCUCACUCGGACCUGUUUAGCCGCGUGGCCCUGCACAAAGCCUUCCGCUCCUUCAGCAGCGAUGAAGAAAGCAUGGAUGGAGCACCAUAAGCCACCCGGGCUCUCCUCAGUAAAACACCUUCCCAAGCUUCCCUGCCUGUGGGGAGCGAUCUCGAAAUGUGUGUUUUCUCCAUGGUCUGCAGCACUGCUACUGGGAACCCCCUGAGGAUCUAUGGGCCCAGUUUGAAUCUUGAGAGUGAUGUUUUCUUGAGGCUUUGGGUGCCUGUUGUUGCAGGUAAUCUUUCCUUAGCACUGUGCUUCUUGCUUCCUUUGAGUGCCUCUUGUUGCAGGUAAUCUUUCCUUAGUGCUGUGCUUCUUGCUUGUUCGAGUGCUGAUUUCUGCGGUUGGUGCCGCAGAACUUCACAGUUGCAGGAAACAUCUCGCAGCUGGAAUCAGAAACUAUGUUAAAACUUCAGGGUCUUGGUGCUUUGGGGGUGAUGCCCUAUGGAUCAGCACCGUGCACUUAACCAGUGCACCUCAAAAAGACGGGAACAAGCAGAAUAGUCUGUAGCCUGCUUACUACAGCCAGGAAAGGACUUUAUAUUAGAAGCUGGAAGGGGUUGAGGGACAGAGGUGACGUUCAGUUAUUGCCAGCAGCAGCCCAUGCCCUCGUGUGGGCUGCCUUAACCCCCCCCCCCCCCCCCCACACAAACACACAACUUUCCAGAAAAUUUCACACCAGCAGUAGCUCUACACAUGCUGUUUCCUUCAGGCAUGGGGCAGCUUUGCUGGUGUCCUGUCCUGUUGUGCUUCAAAUCUCGAUGAGAUCCUUAAAAUCUUGCUGUUGUGUCACAGUAUUUUUUAAACU